CUCCGGGUGUGUAUCUGCAGCGGCCUCUAGAAGCCCAGACAGGAGAAACCACAGCGCAGGAAACCCGGGGCUGGCAGCUGGGAACUGCUCUGCGCUGCUGAGGACAAGCUGCUGCUGUGGGCGCUGGGGACAAGCUGCUGCCGCCCCUCUCUCCGCCGAUGUCCCGGGAGCCGUGGCCGAGGCAGCGCUGCUCCCCGCGGAUCCCGCAGGCCCGCGGGGGGCGAGCGCAGCGCGCCGUGUACCUGCUGCUGGCGCUCUGUGCCGCGGCUCUGCUGCUCGCCGGGCAGCCCCUGGUGCCCACCGCCCGCAGCCUCACCUUCCACUUCGCCACCCUGCAGAUAGGGGCGCUGCUCAAGGGCACCUGCUACCUGGCCGAGGAGAUCUUCCACCUCCACUCCAGGCACCACGGCAGCUUCUGGAGGGCCCUGAGCACCUGCUUCCCCCCAGGCUGGCAUGGGCCCAUGCUGCUCAUCAGUGGCUCAGCCUAUGUGGCUCUCUACAGUGAUGGACAGCCACUUGGCCUCCACUUCAUCCUGGCCAGUCUGUGCCAGCUCCUCAUGCUUGCCCUGGGGCUUCAGAAGCCCUCAGCAGUGGAGAUGUCUGAGAUGUCCGAGAGGUCCAAGCAGAAUGUCGCUCAUGGGCUUGCCUGGUCCUAUUAUGUUGGGUACCUAAAAAUAGUGCUGCCACGGGUGAAAGAGUCCAUGGAGGAAUUCAGCAGAGGCAAUCCCAACCUGCUGGCAUGCAGGAAGACUUGGAAGCUCCACAUCUUGGUCCCUCUGAGCUGUGAUGUCUGUGAUGACCUGGAGAAAGCUGACAGCAAUAUCCAGUAUGUGACAGACCUCACUGAAACCACCCUGGCCAGAGCUGGCACCAAAAAGAGGGUCUACAAACACAGCCUCUAUGCAAUCAUGGAUGAAGAAAAUCAGCUCUGGCACUGUGCUGUGGAAUAUGCCACCCCGCUGCAGUCCAUCUAUGCCAUGUCCCAGGAUGAGUGUGCUGCCUUCAGCCGGGAGGAGCGCCUGGAGCAGGCCAAGCUUUUCUACAGGACCUUGGAGGAGAUCCUGAAAGACUCCAAGGAGUGUGCAGAUACCUACCGGCUCAUUGCCUAUGAGGAGCCAGAAACAGCAGAGUCGCACUUUUUAUCCAGAGAGAUCGUGUGGCACCUGAGACAGGAGCAUCAUGAGGAGAUCGCCGUGCUCGAGGGGAGCCACCCGCACACCCCAUCCACAGCCCUGGACUCAGCAGAGCUCAACCUCCAGAUCAGUGUGUCAGACCUGCCACAGCCCCUGCGCACUGAUGGCUUCUAACACACAGCCCCUCACUGCCCCUUGGGGCUCAGUUCACCUUUCCCCAACCCCCUUCCUCUUGGAGCAUGUGCUAUCCAUGCCUGUGACCCCCAGCUCCCACCCAAACCUCCUGUGCACCACGGUUACUGGAGCAGCUGACUCAGCCCACAGCCCUGUGACAUGCUUCCCAUUUUCUUUGUUAUAUACAGCUCAUAUGUUCUUCUGUGGGUGUAUUGUUUUUUUUAUCUGCUUUGAUUUGUGUCAUAUAAAGCAUUUUCCUCUCUGGGACAAA